CACGCUUUAACGCUCUGAAUGCUGAGUACUCAUUCAUGGCUAACCCUUACGCGCUAACCAGCGACAUGUGUAAUGACUCGACAACUCGGUCCUAACGACGCCCGUACAGCCGCGUAUCUACCUACUUUAGCCGUAAUAUCGGCUGGUGAACAUAUUUCUAACUUGAACGGCACUUUCCUGUUUGGUGUACUGGGAACUAACGACUCGUGUUAUGGGAGAGACACGGAGGUCAGACGAGCGGUGGGCUGUCAACAGUAAUGACCGAGUUAAAAGAGCCUGCUGCCGCCUUGACAGCUGUCUUUUGAUAUUACAGCACUGAUCAACUUACAGUUGAAUCAUGCCUGGAAAACUAAAGGCCAAAAUUGUGGCAGGGCGCCACUUGCCUGUGAUGGACAGAGCCAGUGAUCUUACUGAUGCUUUUGUAGAGGUUAAGUUUGGAAACACAACUUUCAAAACCGAUGUCUGUCCCAAAUCCCUCAAUCCACAGUGGAACUCAGAGUGGUUCAAAUUUGAGGUUGAUGAUGAGGACUUGCAGGACGAGCCAUUGCAGGUCACAGUGUUGGACCACGACACUUACAGUGCUAAUGAUGCCAUAGGGAAAGUUUACAUUGACAUUGACCCGCUGCUGUGCAGUGAGGCUGCGUCUGUCAUCUCCGGCUGGUUUCCCAUCUAUGAUACCAUCCACGGUAUCCGAGGGGAGAUAAAUGUUCUCGUCAAAGUGGAGCUUUUUAAUGAUUUGAACCGCUUCAGACAAUCCUCCUGCGGGGUCAAGUUCUUCUGCACCACAUCCAUUCCACGGUGCUACCGGGCAGCGAUGGUGCACGGGUUUGUGGAGGAACUUGUGGUGAAUGAAGAUCCAGAGUACCAGUGGAUCGACCGUAUUCGAACUCCUCGGGCCUCCAAUGAAGCCCGUCAGAGGCUCAUAUCUCUUAUGUCUGGAGAGCUGCAGAGGAAAAUAGGGCUUAAGGUACUGGAGAUGGGCGGGAAUGCCGUGGUGGGCUACUUGCAGUGUUUUGACCUGGAGGGCGAGUCUGGCCUGGUGGUCCGGGCCAUAGGUACUGCCUGCACACUGGACAAACUCAGCUCUGGAAGCGCCCCCAACACCAACACACACAUGCACCCUAACACAGCUCCUGCUUCCAACGCCUGCAAUUCCCCUUCCAAGGAUGGAAAGGAGCCGGUAUUUGGUGAGGACCUGCUCUCGUCCUCUGGCCCGCCAACCCCUUUCAGAGCCCUUCCCACCUCCUCCUCCUCUCCUCCCCCCUUCUCUCCCUCCAAGCCAUGCAGCCGCCAGUCCUCAUCAUCAGACACAGACCUCAGUUUGACGCCCAAGACGGAGAAGGCCCAGCCAGUGAGACGCAGGCCUGGGAUCUUCCUCUGCCCCAGCUCCCCCACCCUCUCCACAGACACUCUGUCCCUUCCUGGUUCUGGCUCAGUGGGCUGUGGUCACGGCUCUGCCCCCAGAGCCACCACCCCGCCCCCUCUCUCCUCCAUCCGCUCAGACUCUGCCUUGCUGAGAAAGAGCGUGUCCUUCACCGAGGACCUGCUGCUGGCAGCCUCCGGAAUGGGCAGCGGGGGCAGUGCUGGAAAGGAGGCGGGGCCUCUGAAGACCCUGCUCAGACAACAGACGCAGACGGCUCUUGAGCAGAGGGAGUUCCCCUUCUUCACCUUGACGUCUUUCCCGCCUGGUUUUCUGGUUCACGUCGGUGGAGUGGUCAGCGCUCGCUCUGUCAAACUACUGGACCGUAUACACAACCCCGAUGAGCCAGAGACUCGCGAUGCCUGGUGGGAGGAGAUUCGCCAGGAGAUCAAAUCUCAUGCCAAAGCUCUAGGUUGCCAUGCUGUUGUGGGGUACAGCGAGAGCACUAGCAUCUGUGAGGAGGUGUGUAUCCUGUCAGCAUCAGGCACAGCAGCCAUCUUGAAUCCUCGGUAUAUGCGUGAAGGCUGCCUAGACAUGGGAAUCACCGACCACAGGUUUGAGGAGCCUUCUCACCCGAGCUGUGGCUUCUGUCACAUCCCGUACGACGAGCUCAACAUGCCCUUUCCCGCCCAGCUCACCUACUGUUACCACUGCAGACGACAAAAGGUUCCUGAUGUGCUGUUCACAACAAUCGACCUGCCACCCGAAGCUGCUGUCACAGGGAAGGGCUGCCUAAUCCAGGCCAGACUGUGUCGUCUAAAGAAGAAGGCCCAGGGUGAAGUGAACGCGACCGCCAUCUCCAACCUGCUGCCCUUCAUGGAGUAUGAGCUGCACACCCAGCUGAUGAACAAACUGAAGCUGCGGAGCAUGAACGCUCUGUUUGGUUUACACAUACAGAUCAGUGUCGGAGAGAACAUGCUUCUGGGUCUGGCUUCGGCUACAGGAGUGUACCUGACAGCCCUGCCGGCACCAGGGGGCAUCCAGAUUGCGGGGAAGACUCCAGGUGACCUGAGCAAUGAGCAGCACAUCCUGACCAUCCAGAAAAGGAUUAAUGACACCAUAGCCAAGAACAAAGAGCUCUAUCAAAUAAACCCUCCGAAAUUAUUUGCCCUGGACCCUGAGGUGUUCUGCGGCAUAAACAUGGAGCUGACAGAGGAAGUGGUGGGUUCUCCGAUUCCGGACCCGAGGCAACGAUCCAGACUCUUCCGCUCCCACUCAGAAAGCUCAGACGAAGUGUCAGAACUCGACCUCUCGCAUGGAAAGAAGGAUGCCUUCGUCCUGGAGAUUGAUGACACGGAUGCUGUGGAGGACAUCCACUCCCUCCUCACUGAUGCCCCUACCCCUACAGGUUUCUACAGCUGCAACACUGAGAUCAUGCCUGGGAUUUACAACUGGACUUCUGGGGUUCAGAUGUUUACAUCAGUGAGAGUCCUUAGGUUAAGUAAUGCCAAUCUUACUAACCAAGGCCUGAACAAGAUCUUCACUGACCUAUGUGAGAAUCUGCUGAAGAGUUUUUACUUCAAGCUGCGCUCUAUGAUCCCCUGCUGUCUUUGUCGUCUCAACUUCACCGUAGCAGUGCCAGAAGAAGAACUCAUACAGGUCGCUGUGACAGCGGUUGCCAUGACGUUUGACAAAGACCAGACUCAGGAGAAGCCAGCAGAAAAGCCCAUCACCAAAGGAUGCAGUGAGACUGAAGAUCAGCUGCAGUUUCCCUUGGAGUUGUGCGCAGACGCGUCAUCUGCCAACAAUCAGCCAUCAUCCAAAAUCUCAGGUACAGUCUCUUUACUCACCCCAGCUGCAAAACUCUGCCAUAAUCAGCUGGUUAUGGUCCGUUCAGCAGGUGUCCCAGAGACUACCAACGUCUCAUCUAGAGCUGCCUCCGUUGAUUACGGUUCCUUUGCAGACAGAUGCAGCACCUGGCUAGAGCUGCUUAGGCUGAAAGCUCACACCAUAAGACGAGGAUCAGUUAAGACAAGUAGGAGGACACAGUCUCUAGCACACUCUGUCUCAUCUUUGGACCGCUCCAGUCCACUGCCGGAGGGACGUUCCCGCUCGCUGCGAUCCAACCGCUCGUUUGCGGGCGGUUCAGUCACCGUGGUCAAGAUGACGCCGCUCUCCUUCCUCCCUGGGACACGCAUCAUUAAAUACCUUGGGAUCAUCAACAUGUUUUUCAUCAGAGAGACCUCAUCGUUACGGGAGGAAGGCGGCGUCAGCGGCUUCCUCCAUACAUUCAUUGCAGAGGUGUUUGCGAUGGUUCGAGCCCAUGUAGCAGCCCUGGGGGGCAAUGCAGUUGUGUCCUACAGCAUGAAAGAGUGUGUGUUUAUGGAAAAUCCAAACAAGAACCAGGCUCAGUGUCUCAUCAAUGUGAGCGGUGAUGCCGUCAUCUGUGUCAGGGAAACGGACCAGGAGCCCAUUCCCUCAAUGACAAAUAUCGGACAGACCUGCACUAGCGGAACAGAUGGGGCUACAUGACAGUGAAACAAAGAGCCUCACUUUGUCUGCAGGACUCUGAGUCUAGCCAUUCAAAUAUGAGUCAUUUAUUGUCUGCCUUAAAACUCUGUAAAAGAUCCAAAGGGUUGGACACAGGUAAUAAAGAACAAAAAGUACUCCCAUACACUCAUAAACAUGCAGUCUGUAUUAAUAUAAGAGUGCAGACUGUUUCCUUGUGUUUUUCUAUGUUCAACGAGAGUGCAGGAGGUACUGAUGCAGCUCUUUUGGGAAUUAGGUCAUCUGAGUGGGUUUUAAAAAAGUUUUGGUUAAAACAUCAACAGCCAAAGGACUUCUCUGAAUCUAACUUUUGUCUCUGUAUUACAACCGUCCAUUGUGGGGUCACUCAAAGAUGCAGUACGUUGGCCAUCCCGUUGUGUGUGGGUGUGGGCACAAGUGACGUUUGAGGCAGCUAUGACUAAUUUGUCCAUCCACAGCUCACAGGCGGAGUCAUUAAAGGGCCAUGCCAAAAGGGACUGACACAGUUGUAUGCCAUCGACUCAUUUCAAUGCAGUCAGAUUCUCACUCUGUGAUAGAAGGCCCAUCUGCUCAUUUCAAAGUAACCACAUAAUAAAAACUGUGUCAGGCAAAGGCAAAGUAUUUAAUUGUCAACAAGGCUGGUACUCCACCCAGGAAUGGAAAAUGUUGAUGCUAGAACCCAAACAACCCAGACACAUCUGUGAUGCCAUUUUGUUAUAAUUAUCUACUAGUUAACUGGUGUCCUGUUUUUAAUGUUUAAAUAAGAUUUUGUAUUGAUUUGAUUGGUAAUCUUCCUACUGUCACAGUAUUGCUCUCAAGCAGUAUCGUAAAGAUAAUCAAAUUCCUUUAGAAAUUGUCAAAUAAUGUCAGUCUUGUUCUGUCAUGCAUCAGUUGGGGAGGAUUUCAGGCAAUGAACAUUUUUUUUUUUUAUAGGGCAAUAAUUUUCCUUUUAGAACAACCAUUGACGUUGUGUUCCAAUGAUUAUUUUAUAAAUUAAAAAUGAUCAGGAUUUUUAUUUCUUGAAAUGGUAAAAUGGCAUAAUGUGUGUGUGCAUUGUAUUCACAUGUACAUCUGGAGUGAGAGGGCAAAUGGUGAUGGGUAUAAUGGUCAGAUGGAUAUAAAUGAAACAGACUUGCAGUCUUAGUCAUAUAAUGUGGACUUAAGGGAAGCCAAGGAUAUUUCAUAGGAUAAAGUCUUUGAGAUCGCUUUGACUGAAUUAAACCUUUUAGCUGUGUGAAGUAACUUUUGCUUCACUUGCAGCUCUAGGGUGAUUUGUCAUUGUCAGAUUCAUCACUGUUGCUUUGGAGCUCAUGUUCUGAGUAAUAGUCCUGCUACUGAUCUGUCUUUUUUUCGACGUUCAAUGUCCAAUGCUGGAAAAAGCAUCUUCUGGUUUAGGUGCCACCUGAAAAUAAACUGUGUAAAUGUUCUCUAAAAAAAAGAUUUUAGUAUUUUUGUAACAUAGACUUUAUGAAACUUAACUGCUUGUUAUUGCCUGUGCAAUCAAUCCCUGAUGUUUUGACUCACCCUGUCAGAGAAUUAGUGAUACUCUAAUCUGUUUGUGAUCAGUUUCCUAUAUUUGUGUCUAAAAACUUGAAUGUACAUACUUAGAUACAUUCGCUUUCUGACUAGCAGCAUGCAGACCCACUUUUUAUUGCCAUGAAUCUGUAUGCUUGCCUGGUAAGUCUUGCACAAUAAACUCAAAGAAAGAUG